GGCCAGAUUCAACUGCUCGAUAGAGAGAGUGGAAAUUAAUCAAUUGCUAGCUUGUAGCCAUGUCGAAGGCGUUAGUGUGGUUGUGAGACAAGAAAUCAACUCAAGAUAAGGUGGAAUGUAAACAAUUCAUAGUUGACUCUGAAACCAUAAAGUCAAAUAUUCAAUUCCCUUUGCUGGUUUUGAAUUCAUUAUCAUAUCUAGUAUCUAUCCAUGUACUGUACUGCUUGGUAAAUUACUUCUUGAAUAUAUUAUUGCAAAUUCCACACAAAAUUUCCAAAAUCACCCUAUAUUUCAAACCGCCAUACUGUCGGUAAUGUAGAGCAGGGUGUCAAGUCAACUGUCAGUCGUGGCCAAAUGAAAACUCAUCACUUUUGUUUUGCUUCACUUUCUCGCAAUUCCCCCUGAUUUCGCUGAUUUCCAUGAGUGUUUUCACGUGAAAAGUGUGCCUUCGAGUACCAAUAAGUGUCCUUACAGCCCAUCCACCAUGUCACUGAGACUGAUUCGCAGCAGGGAAGUGAAUAGGGCGCAGCGCCAAAGGUUAUCAGCGCCGUCUAAGCGAAAGGAGGAAGCCAGGACGCCUCAGGCUCGCAUAAAGCGUUACAAGUCGUUUCCGGACGUGUCCAAGAGUCGCCCGGGGCGAGACUUCCUGGUCAAAUCCAAGUCCGAGAGUUGCCUUGCCAGUGAGGAGGGCAAUCAAAUCGAUGACACGAGAUCACGUCAGCUUUCGAAUGCCAAGUCGGAAGUGUGCCUAAAGACCAUAUCGGUGCACAGCACGGCCUCGGGCGCCGUGUCCAGGAGCUAUGUGAAGAACGUCCGAAAGGGCGGCGAUUCGUCGACCAGGAUGAGCUUUCUCACGCCACCGGAGAUGCAGUGUCGCGGCUUCGCAGACACAGCUUCAAUCCGGAUUCCCAUCAUUGGGUACGAAGUCAUGGAGGAAAGAGCUCGUUUCACGGUGUUCAAACUCCGCGUCGAAAAUCCCUUCACGAAUGAUUGCUGGCUAGUUUUGCGACGUUACACAGACUUCGAGCGACUCAACAGCAAGCUCAAGUCCAUCUUUCCUAAGCUUAAUCUCGUGCUGCCGCGCAAGAAGAUCUUCGGUGACAAUUUCAAUAGUGUAUUCCUGGACAGUCGCGUGCAAGGACUUCAACACUUUGUCAAUACCAUCAUGGCAGAGGAAACGCUUAGGAAUUGUCAGUUCGUCCGGGAGUUUUUCUGCCUUGACGAGCCGCCCACAUAUUCCGAGAGCAUGGAAGAGUGUCGUGCAAUCUUUGAAGCCCAAGAAGAGACUAUAGCACACUUGAAGCUUCAGUUGCGCAACAAGGACGCUCUCUUGAUGAAUUUGGAGCAGAAACUGAUGAUGGAGAUUAACGAAGUUGAGAAGCUAAAAGCAUCACUACAAGCUCUCCAGGAACACCUACAAAUGUCUUCCAAAGAUGAGAAAAUUCCGCAUCAUUCUCGAAAUGAUUUCGUAAAUAACAACGCGAGGUACUGAAAUUCCUGAUAUUGUUGCAAAUUCUGGCGUUAGAAUAUUUUUAUCAACACUCUACAUAUUCACGGGAGAAAGGUGAUAAAGAGAAGGAACUCAUCGUUUUAUUAUUCAAAGAGCAUAAUUUACAUCACAUUUUUCGUGUAUUUUCCAACGAGGAAGUAUUGAUGAAAUCUCCAAGUGUGGCCUUUUCACACUUUUCUUUUUUGAUUAUUAUAAUAAUUAGCAUAAACUGUUUACCAAAUAUUUUAUUGUGAGUCUCGUUGGAUUCUUCUCAUUCUAUGAUUAUUAAAGUGCGAUAGUUUAUCAGCAGACUUUCUUCCUAUGUUCACAACGUACACAGUGGAUUCGAAGCCGAUGAAGGUGAUUUCACAUAUUGCUACUACGUUAAAAUGUACUCGCAUUGUGAGCUAUAAAUAGCCCUUAAUAGUAAACAUUAAGAGAUGAAGAAAUGGUGACGAUGAGU